CAGCGUCACCAGCGCGGCCGCCAUUGUCCCGCGGGCGGCGAGUGGAGUGGUCCCUGAGGCGGGGGCUGCUCUCGGGUUUACGGCCGCUUUGGGCUCCUGUUCUCGACCUGUCGGUCCAGGAUGAACCCCGAAGAGGAAGCGACAGCACUGGAGAUGGCUACAGGGCUGCCAGCGGAAUGGCUUCAGGAGCCGGUGACCUUCCGGGACGUGGCUGUGGACUUCACCCAAGAAGAGUGGGGACAGCUGGGCCCCGCCCAGAGGACCCUCUACCGUGACGUGAUGCUGGAGACCUUUGGGCAUCUGCUCUCUGUGGGGCCUGAGCUUCCAAAACCUGAAGUCAUCUCCCAACUGGAGCAAGGGGCUGAGCUGUGGGCAGCGGAGAGAGGAAUUGCCCAGGGUCACUGUCCAGGCUGGGAACCUGGACCCGAAAGCCAAGCGUCACCCAAGAAGCAGGGCCUUCUUGAGGAGGAGCCAUCCCAUGUUGCAGAAAGGGAAGGCUUCUUGAGGGACACGCCCUGUCCCACCACACUAGGGAAACACUGGGAACGUGAGCGCCAGGUACAGGUGCCUGAGAAGGAACAGGAUUUGAGGCGAUUGGAAGUUAGCCUUGAGGAAGUACCAGGUCAAGAUAAAAGCUAUGAAAGUUUCAGACCUGGGGAAAACAGUGUCCUGAAUGCAAACCCAGAUCCAUCCUCGGAGACUUCUAGGAGAGACUAUCUCUGUGCUUACGACUCACAGGCUAUAAACUCGGAAGGUAACUCAAGCUCAGUCCAGCAGACAGGCUCGUCCGGCAAAGGGCCGUGUGACAGCAGUGACGGUAGCAAAGUUUCCAGUCAGGCCAUUCCCAUUACAGAACUCACCCGAAGCCAAGUACAGGAUAAACCCUACAAAUGUACAGACUGUGGGAAGUCGUUUAAUCAUAACGCACAUCUCACAGUGCAUAAGAGGAUUCACACGGGAGAGAGGCCUUAUAUGUGCAAAGAGUGUGGGAAAGCCUUCAGCCAGAACUCCUCCCUGGUUCAGCAUGAGCGAAUCCACACGGGAGACAAGCCCUAUAAAUGUGCUGAGUGUGGGAAGUCUUUCUGCCAUAGCACACACCUUACUGUCCAUCGGAGAAUUCACACCGGAGAGAAACCCUAUGAAUGUCAGGACUGUGGGCGGGCCUUCAACCAGAACUCCUCCCUGGGCCGGCAUAAGCGGACACACACCGGGGAGAAGCCAUACACUUGCAGCGUGUGUGGGAAGUCCUUCUCACGGACCACGUGCCUCUUCCUGCAUCUGAGGACACACACAGAGGAGAGGCCCUAUGAGUGCAACCACUGUGGGAAGGGCUUCAGGCACAGCUCCUCCCUGGCCCAGCACCAGCGAAAGCAUGCUGGGGAGAAGCCCUACGAGUGCCGCCAGAGGCUGAUCUUCGAGCAGACGCCAGCUCUGACAAAGCAUGAGUGGGCAGAAGCCCUCGGCUGCGACCCACCUUUGAAUCCAGAUGAGAGGGCUCACCGAAGCGACAGGCCUUUUAAGUGUAAUCAUUGUGGGAAAUGUUUUAUUCAGAGCUCGCACCUCAUCCGACACCAGAUAACUCACACCAGAGAGGAGUCCCAGGGCCGGAACCGGCGACGGCUUGAGCAGUCCUUUGCCCGGGGCUCGCACCUUGCCCGGCAUCAGCACACACACUCCAGCGAGAACCCUGGGGGUGGGACAAAGGCAGGACAACCCUCGAGCCGAGCGCUUGCCUUGUUUGACAUCCAUGAAAUCAUGCAAGAAAAAAACCCCGUUCACGUCAUUGGGGUUGAAGAGUCUUCCAUGGGUGCUUCUGUGUUAUUUGACAUCAGAGAAUCCUCGUAGGAGAGAAACUCUACAGAUGACUUUUGAACCACAGGUACAAAAAUGUGGUAAGUCCACAUAGUGCAUUCACAGAAAGGGGGACUGGGGGUAGAAACGUCUAAAGCGACCUCUGAUUCUUAAAGAAAUGGUGCUUCCCAAAUACUGGAGAUUGAUGGUUCUCAAAUCUGCCAAGCCCAGUGCCCCCUUUAACCACACAUGUUUUGUGCCCUUCCCUCUAUUACUGCAAAAUGAAUUAAUAGGUAAUGUAACCCACACACGUACUGUAAAAAAUCAAUAUACGGCCCCUUUUUGUAAAGCAUAAUUAAAACAAAAGUAAUUUAUGGUA